AUGCCUGUCUUCAACAUCACCCUCAAGGCCGACGCUCCCGCCGAGGAACUUCAAAAGGCCAAGGAGACCGCUCAGGAGAAGGGCGGUGUCAUCCAGCAUGAAUACAGCCUGAUCAAAGGGUUCACUGUCGCGUUCCCCGAUGACCAAGUUCAGACCCUUGAGUCGAACGAGCACAUCCAUGUCGAGCAGGAUGGCGUGGUCAACACCAACUAG